CUGUCUCAGAAACUCAUUUCGGUUAUCCCGUUGACGUGACUCACGUGAUUGCAAAUAGAAAUAUUGGUUUGGACAUUGUCCUUUACAUCAACUCCUCAAGAUGAGCUACGGAUAUCAGGGUCCUCCAGUAAUGCCGUUUCCGGGAAAAAAGCCACCAACAAGUUUCGGCGUGCCACCCGGCACACCCUCUGCCCCCAGUGCUAUGCCUCAUCCUGAUACUAACUAUGGCUUUAAUGCACCUCCCACUAGUUUUGGCAUGCCACAGCCUUACUCUCCAUACUCAUCUACUCCAUAUCCAUCACAGCCAUCUCCAUAUGCUCCUCCACAACCAUCUCCAUACCCUCAGCCGAGCGGAUAUUCCCAACAGUCAUCUCCAUACCCACAGCCUCAGCCAGCAGGAUAUGUUCAGCAGCCUUCUCCUUAUCCUGGUCAGCCCUCCCCUUAUCCUCAGCAAGCCCCUCACCCAUCCCCCUACCCUCAACAACCCUCGCAGUAUCCUCAACAAUCCUCUCACUAUCCCUCCCUCCAACCCGAACAACCAGCUUAUCCACCAAGAAGCAUGAAUCCUUACCCGCAAAGUGCCAAUUCGCAAUCAUCAAACAGCAUUUAUCGCGGUGGGGCCUACCCUAGGGGGCAGAGGCCAGAAGGUCAAUCUCAACCUGCCUAUGAUACCAAGUACAAUUCAAUGCCUUACCACACUGCCCCAGCCCCCCGGAAGGCUCCAUUCGCAAGAAAGCUGACCCCUACAGUCGUCCCAUACUCCGAUUUCGAUCCUCGCACUGAUGCGGAAAUCUUACGAAAAGCGAUGAAGGGCUUCGGCACUGACGAGAAAGCUAUCAUCAAUGUUCUUGCAAAUCGGAAUAAUAUUCAACGACAAGAAAUUGAGAAGCAGUUUAAAACGCUUUAUGGAAAGGAUUUGAAGUCAGAUCUGAAGUCAGAACUCUCCGGCAAUUUUGAGGCUCUCAUUAUUGCUAUGAUAACUCCUCUUCCUGAAUAUUAUGCUAAAGAACUUCACGAGGCAAUGUCUGGCAUUGGAACUGAAGAAUGUGUAUUGAUUGAGGUCAUGUGUACCAUGUCAAACCAUGAAAUUCGAGUAAUUGGACAGGUGUACGAAAUGAAAUACGGCAGGUCAUUGGAGGAUGAUCUCCGUAAUGAUACAUCUGGUAACUUCAAGCGUCUGAUGGUUUCACUGUCUUGCGGUAAUCGAGACGAGACUUUCGACGUUAAUCCAGCGGCUGCAGCUGAGGAUGCCCGGAGACUUCUACAAGCAGGUGAAUUACGCUUUGGUACUGAUGAAUCAAUUUUCAACGAAAUACUGGUGCAGCGCAACAUCCCCCAGUUGAUACAAAUAUUCCAGGAAUAUCACAAUAUAACUGGACAUACGAUUCGAGAUGCCAUUGAAAAUGAAUUUACUGGUGACAUAAAGAAAGGACUUCUCGCUAUUGUCAAAUGCGUUGAGAACCGAGCGCAAUUUUUUGCUGAACAACUCUACAAAAGUAUGAAGGGAAUGGGAACAGAUGACCGACGUCUCAUCCGUUUAAUUGUCACUCGAUCUGAAAUCGAUAUGGGAGAAAUAAAGCAAGAAUUCAGUCGCACGUAUGGAAAAUCUCUGGAGGAUUUCAUAUCCGAUGAUUGUUCAGGGCACUACAAGAAGUGUCUGUUGGCAUUGAUCUCAUAGGAGAUUACACAAUGGACUCUGCGUCUCAGGAAUGGCAUUUGUUAAUUUGAUAGAUCGCCAAAAUUCUCAGAGAGGAAACCAUCGACAUAAAUAAUGGUCAUUUUUGCAUGUAAAAACUUUACGUUCUAAGUUGUCAAUGAAUAUUUUCUUAAAACAUUAAAAAUUUCCAACAUUAUAUCUCAAUAAUGAAUAUCCGCCCAACUGAUAAAGGCUUUCAGGUUGGUCUGAAUGGUAUUCGCCAAUACGCAGUGAAUAAUAUAUUUUUGAAAAAAAUAUUCCAUAAAGAACACAGAUGAAAUCGUUUGACAAACGCGCUGAUAGAAUAAACAAUCGUUCAACAAUGGAAAAAACGUAUUCUAUUAAAUUGGGGCUGGCGUCAUGUAUGAUUUUUGCAUGUGUUAUUACAGAAAUCUUCAUAAAUUUUAUAUUUUAUUAUCAUCCAUUUACUGUUAUAUUAUCUGGAUAUUCUAUGCAUACUGUUUUAAAUCUCGAUGUAAUGAAAAACAUAGUACAAUACAAUACAAUAAAAUUACCUUAGAUGA